AUGAAUCAACACCAGCAACAACAACCAUCAUCAUUAUCACAAUCAAAUUCGAGGUUUAUCGCUCAUAGUACUGGUGGUCAAAUUAAUAUUACAAUGAAUGCAAAUAACAACAGCAAUAACAACAACAACAAUGGAACAUCAUCGGCAAGAGUAAAUUCCAAUAGCAGUGGUGGUACGAGUAGUAGUGGAGGAUCAAGAAAGAAGCAGCCUCAACCAUCCCAAUUCUAUGGCACCAAAGACACUACCCCCAUGACUUCAUCGGGAGCAGGAAAGGGAUCAUCAUCGCACGAAGGCAAAGGUAUGAUGAUUACAUCUCCAAAGCCCACGUACAAAAGUCUAGUUUCCAAACCCAACGUUCAAAUCAAAGGUACUCCACAAAUAUUGGCACCAAAGAGAGGUCAAACCGAACCACAAGUACCAUCUAAUGGUAUAAGCACUUCAGCAACAACAACUACUCCGGGAGGUAUUCAAUUGUUACAAAAGCCAACAAGUGGUACAGCACCCAAGGGUACUGCAAACACUUCUCAAACCUCUUCACAAACACAUUUAGGAGAUAUUAUAAGCCAGAAUUAUACUUCGGCCAAUGUGACGCAAGCAGUAAACAUUGCCACAAGAGCCGUAUCCUCCAAAGAGUUGAAUGGAGGUCAACUCGAGGCAAACAAACCAAGUACAUCAUCAGUUGCAGCACUAAAGCUUCCAGAUCAUCCCAUUAUUCAAGGAUUUACCGACAAGGGACUAAGUCUUAUUCACGAAAUUGCUUCGGGAUCAUUUAAUAGUAUUCUGGAAUUGCAAUCCAAUCACCUACAACAACUUGCAAAUCUAUUCCCAAACGACAAGCAAUUAUCUACUGAAAGCAAUAACUAUUCCGUUAUUGGAGUUAUUGAGGUUUUUGCUGUUGAAGAUGUGGAGUGCUUUCUGGAUUGCAAAUAUAAGACCAGUGGAGUUGACAUUUAUAGAACUUCAGAUCAGCAAAUAUUUAUUGAUACCCAACCUUUGUUUGCUUCUCAAGUUCAACAUCCAACGAGCGGCAGUGGCUACUAUUCCACAUCUGGACACAGUAUGGGACUCACUUCUAGCGGAUCUAAGUCAUUUGAGCCCUCUGUUGAGGCGGUAUCAAUUGCUGCAUUAGAGAGUUUUGUUGACAUUACUAGUCUUCAAAUUGCGUUAUUUGUGUUCAGUGUUGCACAUGUCGUUAUUGUCAUGUUGGAUCAUCAAUCAGAUGCGCUUGAACAAUUCAAAAUGUUUCAAUUUAUUCAAACAAUUAGAAUGUUACAGCAAGGAGUACCAAGCAUUACUCAGUGUGGAAAGGUUUCUUCCUCUGCAGCAGCUACUCUUGAAGGACAUGUUCCUGAAAUUGUUUUUGUUUUCAACAAGGUACAACCUAGGGAUAUGAGCGAAUUGAAUAUUAAGCACAUGCAAGCAUUGCUUGAUUCGUACUUUUCGAGUACAUACUUUAGAAAAAACGGCCAUAUCCAUCCACAUAUGUGGCAUCACAAUUUUAAGAAAAACGAAACUGUGAAUUUCUUUAUGAUUCCCUUUACAUCUAAGAAGAUUGAAGACAUUGCGGAAUCUUUUAAUAUUCUAAAGAAAGGUAUUCACACCAUGCCAAAACCAGUCUUCAAGAAAAUGUCUCAAGCAGAAUGGUUUAGUAGCACCGUUAGAAAUUUCGAGGUGAUAAAGAAGAGCUAUUUCCUUCAGGAGUAUAUUCGUAAAAUAACAAGCAGUAUGUCUGUGCAUAAUUGA